GCUAAUUAAAAAUUCAAUUGAAAAUUCCUACCUAAAGAAAAAAAAAAUUAACAAAAUGAAAUAGUGUCAACAAAAGCAGCCAGCAACAGGAUUACAUCACACAAUCACACAACAACUACAAAAAACACUUAGCUCCUACUAUAGCCCACUAUUUUUGUGUAUUGCAAGGAGGACUAUUUGAAUAUAAGCAAGUACAGCAAUAAACAGUUUAAAUUAAGUGCAUUUACAAAUAUGGAGCGCGCUUUGUCGAUUUUGUUAUGCCUCAUGUUAACAACCCUGCAAUUCAUCUCCACACACGAGCAUGGUGACGGCUUUAAACCAGAUGGCGAAAUCCUACGUGUACUGGUCAACACUUCAGCGCAAAUUAAAUGUGAUGUCGGCUCCAGUUUGCCAGACGAUAAAGUUUUACUGGUCGUUUGGUAUAAGAAUAAUCUUCCAAUAUACAGUUAUGAUACCCGGGGUGCCCAUGCGGGGACGCCAUCACAUUGGCGGGAUGAAGAGGUGCUCGAGGAUCGCGCGGUAUUUCGCACACAUAAAGAGCCAGCCGAAUUGAUAAUAAAUCCAGUAAAGGAAAAAGAUGCAGGGAAUUUUCGUUGUAGAGUAGAUUUCAAGCUUUCGCAGACGAGGAAUAGCAAUGUCAAUUUGGAAGUUGUGGUGCCUCCACAGCAGCCAACAAUUUUCAACGAACGCCGCAUGAAACUUGAUUCACGCGCUGGUCCGUAUGAAGAAGGCGGCAGUCUGGAAGUGACAUGUCUCGUAUUUGGCGGCUCGCCACCGCCCACAGUGACUUGGCUCAUGAAUGGUCAAAUACAGAAUAGUGUGGUGGAUUACACAUAUGAUAGCACCAUCAACAGCAAAUUAGUCGUGCGAAACUUGUCACGCAUUCACCAGCAUGCGGUGUACACGUGUCAAGCGAGCAAUUUCCACAAGAAAUAUGUCGCCACCAACAUAACAAUUGAAUUGUAUUUAAGACCAUUACUAGUGGAGAUUUCUUUCAAUAAUCAACCAAUGUCUGCUGAUCGUAAAUACGAAAUUGAAUGCCAAGCAAUUGGCUCAAGACCACCCUCAAAAAUUACUUGGUGGAUGGGAAACAUGGAAUUGUUAGGGCAUAGUCAAAAGGUUUCUGAAGAUGGCAAUGUGAGCUUUUCGGUUCUCAGUAUUACACCAACACGAGCGGAUCAUGGCAAAGCGUUAUCCUGUCGAGCUACAAAUGAGUUAGUACGAAACGGCAUAAGGGAAACUGCAAUGAAACUCAAUGUUUUCUUUAUACCAACACUACAAUUGGAUUUGGGCUCAAACUUGAAUCCUGAGGAUAUCGAAGAAGGCGAUGAUGUUUAUUUCGAGUGCAAAGUGCAUGCAAAUCCGGCUGCCUACAAAGUUGUGUGGAAACAUAAUAAUCAAAUUAUUCAACACAAUCAACGUGCUGGCGUUAUUGUGAGUAGUGGCGAUUUGGCGCUGCAGGGCGUCACACGCCAUCAAGCUGGCAACUACACCUGCACCGCAUCGAACGUUGAGGGCGAUGGUGAUAGCAAUAUUGUUGAACUGAAAGUGAUGUACAAACCCAUUUGCCGACCGGAUCAGAAGAAAAUUUACGGUGUGGCGCGUAAUGAGGCCGCCGAGAUUUUAUGUGAGGUUGAUGCAUUUCCACCGCCGGAAAACUUCAAAUGGUCCUUCAAUAAUACGGCAGAGACAUUUGAUAUGCCGCAAAGUGGUUUCCGUGCACAUUCAGCGCAAGGAUCGACAUUGACCUACACACCGGUCAAGGAAAUGGAUUUCGGCACCAUAAUGUGUUGGGCAGAUAACAAUGUUGGCCAACAGCGAGAACCAUGCGUCUUUCAUUUAAUUGCUGCUGGCAAACCGGAAAUGCCGGCUAAUUGUACAAUAUUCAAUCAGACAUCAGAUUCAUUGGAGGUUUAUUGCAUGGAAGGUUUCGAUGGCGGCCUGCGUCAAUGGUUCCUAAUGGAAAUAUUCGAUCAACAUAGCGGUCAAUUGCAAGCGAAUAUAUCCUCCAAAUAUCCAGUUUUAAGUGUAACUGGCUUGGACUCCGCACGCCUAUUUCGUAUAUUCGUUUACGCAGUAAACGUGCGCGGCCGCAGUGAAGGUGUGCAAGUGGAAGGAUAUACAUUAAAGGCGGCAGAAAAGCAAACUGUGGCUUUGACCUCCUACAAAGGUACUCAAUCAAACUUCGAAAUCACACCAAUAUUAUCUGUGGGCAUUUUUGUUGGACUCGCUGUGGCAUUGGUUUUUAUUACUAUCGGUACAAUUGCUAUAUUAAAACUGCGUUCACACAAACAACAACAAAAAUAUCAACAUCAAAAUGCAAAAUUCUCACGACCAGGCAAUUUACAAAUUAAAGAUAAAAUCUCCUUGCCAUUAAGCCAUUCGGAGGAAAUGUAUGACGAGAAGAAUCCAGAUGUGGUGCCAUACAAUGAAGUUGAUGGCGAAUACAAACAGAAAUCAGUUACACAAACACCAUCCGGCCAUCUGUCCACAACAAGCGAAGCGGAAAUUAGCUGUAAACCACUAACGGACGAGCUUGGCGCAUACAAAAGUAACAAGGAUGACGAACUUCAUUACGCCGAACUCACGCUUGCACCCGGCAGCGCCAGUUCAAGUGGCAUACCGAAAAAGUCUAUAUCGGUGGAUUGCAGCAGCAGCAUGUUGCUACAAGGCGCCGGCAUAAAUACGAACAACAUGUCCGCCACUGUCGGCGGCACAUUACCCCAUGGCUCUAGUGUACGUAAAAUGUUGCCCAAUAUACCAGCUAAUGCCGGUGCGAGUACACUGCAGCGCCUCAAGCAGCAGUCGAAAACAACAGCGCAACAGCAACAGCAACAACAACCACCACCACCAUCCUAUGAUUACUUUGAAGAGCCCACGAUAUAUGCACAAAUCGAUCAUUACAAAACAACAGCGACCGGUACACCUGCUGGAGCGCUAUCAGCAACAACAAAUGGCAUAAAUGCUGGCUGCUCCUCAUCGGCAUCCGUAUCGCCAUUCCCGCCAUGCAUCUCAUCGCCCACCUCACAGGGCACACCGUCGACGGUGUCACCGGGCGCGGUGCAGAUGUACACAAUGCCAUCACAUCCAGGCGGUUAUCAUACGUUGCCGCACAAUCAUCAUCAUCAGCAACAGCAGCAACAACAACAUCUGCAACAGCAACAGCAACAACAACUACAGCAACUCCAACAACAAGCACUGCAACAACACAAUUCGUCCGCCUCGUCCAUGUUACAAAUAAUGGCGGCCGCAGGAGUUGUGCACGGCACCGGUGGCAACAUUUAUCACCAUCAUGGCACGCUGCCAAUGCCACCCACAUAUCAGCAGCAUCAACAGCAACAGCAGCAGCAACAACAACAACAGCAGUUGCAGCAACAACAGGUGACAGGCCAAAUGCUGGUUUCGAGUAAUAGCAGCGGCCUCGGCUCCACUACAGUAACAGCGGCUGUGACGAGUCCGAGUAGUUCGCUGUCGGGUCUCUCUGCCAUCGGCAAAUCGUACUCGCGUGAAAUCGUUACAGUGCGAACGCCGUUGAUGUAUUCUCAACAGGAGAGCUGCGUUUAAGAAGUGUGUGAGCAGAGCAUAUAGUAAAACAUGUAUUGUACUUUCAUAAUCGGAAUUUAAUUACUGCUUAAGAGACUGGGUGAGAUUUGAGGAAAUUGAAAAGUAUAACUUACAUAAACUUAUGAAAUGAGUCUUACGAAAAUUAGUUUUGAAAAACAUAAUCGGCAAAAACGUGAUAUUUAAUCAUUUCUCUUUAAAAAUUUCAUAAUUUUUUUAGUAUCUUUUAAAAUCAAUAAUUUCUAAUUACCAUACUUUUGCUUAUUUAGCCAAUAUGACAUAUAUAAGCAGAUUUUCUAAAUUUCAUUAGAAAUAUUUUUACAUUUUUUUAAUAUUAUUUUCAACUUUUGAGUCAAUUCUAGAAUACUCGCUAUUUAUUGUAAUUGUACUUGCAUAUCCUUAAUUAAAUUAAUUAUCAUAAAUAUGCUACAAAUAUUCCAAAGAGGGUUGUGCGCUAUGCAUGUAAAGAAAUAUAUACUUCGCGCAUUUAGGUAUGAAAUAAAUUGUACUUUUUUUACUAAUUGAGCUAACUGAAAAAACUAAGUAGUGAAUAAAGCAAGUAAAUAUGUAUAUUUGUGUAGGAAGAUUAGCUGAAGAGGAAUGUAAAUAAUUAUGAAAUUUUUUCCAACCCUAAAUAAUGACAAAUACUUAGUUAAUUAGUAAAAUUUGAAUAAAAGCACAGGAAAUUAUAUUAGCUAGUGAUUAAGAUUCCCUUAAGAAAACAUAAGAUUCUAUUUAGAUAUGUAGAUAAAGAUAUUGAAAAAGAGCAAGAUAAA